AGACGGUACGUGUUGAGCGUGAUGCACGCAUAGCACGUAUGUUUUGGUAGUAAUGGUACCAUUGAACCGAAAGGUACCGUGUAGCUUUGAGACAAUAAAUAUUAUAGCCAAUUGGGAUUUGUUCUGGACACUUGACCUUUCCAUGACCCUAGCUCUUUUCCCAAUAUUUCCUGUUUGAGGCCGACUGGAAAGGGAUGUGGAGUUUCGUGCUUAUUUGCAUGGCAGUCCUGGGCCGAUCGUUUGACUGCGCCCUUCAGCUGAAUGAUUACGUUGCGAGAGAGGGCCGAGCGGAACUUCAGAGGCUGCAAGGCUUUGCGGCACAGCCCCGCUACGGCGCGUGCUGGUCGCGUGCCCUAGAGACGAUCCAAACGAGCUGCCAGGAGUUCACUGAGGAGACACAGAGCAAGCUAGCGCUGGCAUUUGCACAUUGCCAUCUGCGCAGGUCAGACCGCCCAUUCCCAGAAUGCACAGACAACAGCAAGGUUUGGGAAUGUACACGAGACAUGGACCCCAUCGCCUUCAACACCUACACUGAGUUUUUCACUCACGCCCACAGUAUUUGCCACUACCUGCAGAGCGAGAGCUGGCAGCAAAGAGCAGACAACACUAUCCACAGAUUGACGGAGAGCUCAGCGGGUGUGGCUGAACAGCUGGCUUCCACUCAGCGGAUUGCGGAAGACUUGGUUGUGGUCCAAGGUGCUGCUUUAAGGACUCAGGAGGCCAUUUUACGCAACGGGGAGGAGCUGAAACAUACCCUGCAUGACUCCACGCAAGGGGUCAAAGAGGUGUUUUCACAGAUACAGGACUCCGCUCGGGAGCAGCAGUUGGCCUUUUCCGAGAUCUUCAGCCGCGUGGCGUUCCUGCAGAGCUUUGUGAUGUCUGAGUCGCACACACUGAGCUCGCUGCUCUACAACACCCUGGGGCUGUGCGCCUCCUUCCUGCUGACCUCCACCCGCCGCACAGCCGGGGCCAGGUUGGUCCUUUUUGGCUUGGUGGCUGUGAAUGUGUACUUGGAGAGAACAAUCUGCAGGACUGUGCUGGAGUCUGUAAACCCCGGUUAUCAACAGAUGGAGCGCAUCGAGCUGCUGGUGGGGCUGCUCAGACGGGCCAUGCUACUUCUCGGGUUGCUGGUCCUCGUGUACUCCGCAGUGCGCUUCCGGGAUGUGAGACUGGAAAGUCUGGAGAUACUGGCCCGGCUAAAGGAGACCCAGUCCAACCUCCAUGAAGCCUUGCAACGAGCCGAAAGUCUCACAGGGGCCGUGGACAUGGUGCAGAGGAUGCAGGGAAGAGUGGAGUGUGUGAAGGGAGAGAUUAGGAGGACUCAGAAGGAAAACGUGACUGUGGACAGGGUGGUGCACGAGCUGUCCGUUAUUCUGGCCCCCGGUCAUUCUCAUGCCCGCUCUGUGCCGGAGAGGCCCUCUCUGUCCGAUGUUGCAGACACUUAUCUUGGUGACAGUGGCAUAGGACUGCCGCACGGUGGCACCGGAUUGGCACACGCUGCCGUGGAAAUCCCCAAGAAGCGCGGGAGACGCCGGUCCUCAGGAUAUCAGCCCAGUCCCUCUUCCACCCUGGUGUACAGUGUACUGGUGGAGGACACUCAGCCACGGUACAAUCUUCGGAGCAGGAGGUCCCUGUCGAGCUCUAUGAUGGACAGACUGCCUGAGGCACCACUACUGGAGAUCCAGGACUGAGAACAUGGCUGCUAACCUCAGGCUCCGUAUACCUCCGCCCUGAGCAGGGGAAAUGGCAUGAUGGGUAUUAGCUUGGGCAUUUUUUUUGGACAGUCUUGAGUCAGUUUUGCAGGUAAAACAUACUCUGUACAAAUGAGAUGUAUGUGUACCGCUGUCUGUCUUGCAUGUGUGAACAGUGGUGUGAGUAUGCGGAAUAUGCAUCUAAUAUUUAAGCUGUAAGGAUUUUGCUGGAUCCUCUGCCUUUGUGUGUGUUGUGAUGUAUGUUAUGAUGAAUUCUCUUUUAUACUGAACUUAAAACC